UCCGAACAAAACUACCAUGACUACCAUGGCUUCAGUUAAAAGUAAUGGCAUUAGUAAAAAAACACAAUUACCUUCUCCUUCGGCUACUGAGUUGGAAGAAGAUGACCCAGCCGUUAAACUUCAGCCCUCAGACAUUAAAGAUUAUUUUUUUCCAGCGCAUAGGCUUAAAACACAACUCGAAGAUGACACAAAAGAGCCUGUUGUUAUAGUUGCGUGCGGGUCAUUUUCACCGAUCACGUAUUUACAUUUACGAAUUUUUGAAAUGGCGAAGGAUUACAUCCACGAGAAUACGAAUUUUGAAAUUAUGGGAGGAUAUUAUUCCCCCGUAUCAGAUCAUUAUCAAAAGGAGGGUCUAGCCCCGUCUCAUCAUAGAGUUCGCAUGGGUGAACUUGCAGUAGAACGAACUUCAACUUGGUUGAUGGUUGACGCAUGGGAGAGUCUUCAGCCCGAAUACACUAGAACAGCAUUGGUACUUGAUCACUUUAAUGAAGAAAUAAACACCAAACGUGGUGGAGUCAUGACAUCUAGAGGUAAAUGUCGGCAUGUGAAAGUUUUACUACUUGCUGGUGGUGACUUGAUUGAAUCUUUCAAGACUCCCGGUCUUUGGCUGGAUGAUGAUCUUCAUCAUAUUCUUGGUGAUUAUGGAUGUCUAAUUGUUGAAAGAACUGGAGCUGAUGUUUGGGGCUUCUUAUUAGGCCACGAUAUACUUUACCAGCACAGAAAAAAUGUCUAUGUAAUUAAACAAUUAAUAUAUAACGAUAUCAGCUCAACGAAAGUGCGAUUGUUCGUGAGGCGUGGGAUGUCUAUAAAAUAUCUUCUUCCUAAUUCUGUUAUUAAGUACAUUCAAGCAAAUGGAUUGUAUGAUACUUAACUUAUGUAAGUUUUAUUCAUUUAAAGAGAUUAUAACUUCCUUAGAUAUAUAUUGAAGUAUUAUGAUUAACAGUUAAUAUUUAUAUUUCGACUUAAUUGUCAUAUUUUACUUUUUAAUAAAUUUUUACUAAUUGUUAUAAAUAC